CGCAGCUCGGGUGGCGCGUCGGUGCCCUUGGAUUUUGCCGUCUGGCUGGAGUCCCUGCUUCCUCCUGAGAGGGCAGCAGCGGAGCGUCUGCGGGACGCAUGCGCCCCAAUUUGCGCCGGGGGAAUUAAAAGAAAGAGAGAGAGAAAAAAAAGCCCCAACGUAACACGCGCCCCAAACAAAACCCAAGGGGAGGAAAGCGCGCGGCCCUGCAGACGCUGGGCGGUGGAGGCGUCUCCUGCUUCGCCCGCGACAUUGGCCGCGGCGUGAUGCGCACGGACCGGCCCGCGACGCCCGGGCCGCCACUGUCCCCGCACCUGGACGCCGGCCCGGUGGCCGCGCCCCAGCUGCGUGCUCUCGCAGCCGCGACUUUCUCGGAGUCUCCCGGCGCCGGCGGGGCAGCUCGCUCUCCAUGGGGCUGAGGGACUGGCUCACGACCGUGUGCUGCUGCUGCCCGUGCAAGUGCCUGGAGGAGCCCAACGUGCUCGAGAAGGAGCCCCUGGUCAGAGAUAGCAAUCCAUAUUCUUCAUUUGGAGCAACUCUGGCGAGGGAUGACGAGAAGAAUUUGUGGAGCAUGCCUCAUGAUGUGUCGCACACGGAGGCGGACGAUGACAGAAUCCUGUACAAUCUGCUAGUCGUUCGUAAUCAGCAGGCCACAGAUUCGGAGGAGUGGCAAAAACUCAACUAUGAUAUCUACACCCUGCGACAGAUUCGAAGGGAAGUGAGAAAUAGAUGGAAACACAUUUUAGAAGAUUUAGGAUUUCAAAAGGAAGCAGACUCUUUGUUGUCAGUGACGAAACUCAGUACCAUCAGUGAUUCUAAAAACACAAAGAAAGCUCGAGAGUUAUUGUUAAAACUGGCUGAAGAGACCAGUAUUUUUCCAACAAGUUGGGAACUCUCAGAGAGAUAUCUCUUUGUUGUGGACCGUCUCAUUGCUCUGGAUGCUGCAGAAGAGUUCUUUAAAAUUGCCCGUCGAACUUACCCCAAGAAGCCUGGGGUGCCAUGCCUGGCAGAUGGCUAGAGAGAACCACACUGCCUUCUAUUUGCAAAUCCCUAGAGGAGAGGCAAGGAGGCAGAAUUGGAAUGCUCGCACUGGAACUCAACAGCCAACCAGAGUUGGACAGAUUCAUGUAGAUGAGAGUGAACACGUAGAGGGCUUAAUGAAAAAUUAUUCUGAAUCCUACAAAAAUCUAAGGAUUUGGAUAUCUGGUCUUCAGGAGUACUUUCUACUGUGAGAUGUUCAAGUUGCAUUAAAACACCCUGGUGAUCUUGCAUCAAGGAGUUGGUCGGUGGGAUAUUUCAUCAUGGAUGAUUCAUUCCAAGAACCCAUUGCCCUUGUUUUGAUUUUGGUUGUAUAAUAUGCCCUGAUCAUUAAUCCUACUGGGAAAAUGGACUGUUUUAGUUAUUAAAACAAUAAGAUUAAUGGAGAGAGCUAUCAUUGAGCCCAGUAUGGAUUACCAAUUUUUAAAUAAUUCUUAUGUAAUAUAGGCUAACACCAAAAUCAUACCAGGUACUGUGUGACCUUUCUUUUAUUUGGAAGAACCUAUAGAACCUUGGAGGGUGUCAGAGGCAUCAUUCUGAGUAUCAGUUAUGAUUAUUCAGAAAUAUUGAGGUACUAGAUAAUAGAAAUGUCUAGGAAUGCUGCUCAGAUGUGAGUUCCAAAUAGAGUGAUCACAAGCAGAACUUCCUGCAGCUACAUAUAAAAAACUCUUCAGUUGUGGUAUAGGCAUCUUUAACUCUCAUCAUUACUGAUAUCUGGUUACCUCUUUUUUGCAUAAUGUCCAUUUCUAGUCCGAAAGCUCUUGAUAUUUUAUCCGGGAUAGCAUCUGUAAAAAGAAAUGUUUGACCUCCACUUUCUUCUCUUUAAUCUGUCUCUGACUUAUCGGCUGAGUGUUGCACCUGCCUGGGGCCCUCUAGUGCAGACUUGCAGCUCUGCCGGCAGUGUAGCUUUGAAGAAGGACUUUUAUUCUGAAGAUGAUUUUCAAAAUGGAGCAAUGCUGCCAAUACAACUUGCUUCUGUCCACAGACUGAGAAGUCCAGCUUCAAAAGUUACUUGCCCCUUAAACAAGGAGCUUGCCAAGAAAUCAUGGUUCUUUUUAUUGAAAAGAUUUUUCAGAACUUGGAGGGUUCAUAAGUAGAUUUCUGAGAACAGCAGCAAUAUUAUUAAUUUUACAGAUUUUGCUCUUCUGACUUCAGGUUUAAAAGUAACUUGUUUUUAGUCUGUUCCAGGGGAUUGUGACUUGAAAAUUUCCAUAUCCUGACUAGCUCUUUUUGUAGUAUACACAAGGUUUAAAUUAUUUGUUAGAGGAAAUAUACAUUCUCCAUUUAUUAAUGCAUUGCAGAGCAAUUUAACAGAUGUUUCAGGAAAAUUCUUCCUUAAUAAGCUAAAAGUCUUAUUUUUUAUAUUCAGUGCUUAAUCCCUUUCAUGUUGUUUAAAAUUAGCCUGCAGAUAUUUUCUCUCACUUCCUCGGGCUCUUGCAAGAUAAACGUACAAACAGUGAAACAAACAAUCAAAAACAAACAAUAAAAUAAAUGUGAAAAUGGAAAAUUGUC